UUUUGCUGAAAUUGAAAUUUCAUAGCGAGAGCAAAGAGGUUAUAUGUAACGUUUGCAGAAGAAAGUUAAAUGCCGAGUUAGAAUUUAAGUCAACAUGUCUGAAUACCGAUAACACAAUUAUUCCUUAUGUGGAUAGUGAAAAAAUGUUACAACUGGAUUUAAGACAAGUGUACAUGCAGGAAAAGAAAAGUGAAUUAGUUUCCAGUCAGAAAAUAUGUCGAUUGUGUAUGCUCCCAGUAGAAAGUGAGUUUAAGUGCAUACGUGAAGUGGAACUUGAAGCUAUUGAGAAGAUGGCUCCUGAAAUGUUAAUAGAUAUCAUCAGAGAUCCCGUCAUUUGUAAACCAUGCUUUGAUUCUCUGUGUACUCACAACAGUUUCCUUAAAGACUGCUUAGAGGUAGAAGAAAAAAUUAAAAGUAUUUUUGAUAGUUCAGUCACAGAAAGCCAAAUAGAUACGUCUCCUCUUGAUUUAUUUGUUAAAACUGAAAACCUGGACAAGGAAUUUGAAAUUAAGGAGAUGGAAAUGUCGAUCAAAGCUGAAAGUAUCGACAUAAAGUCGGAAGAUGAGGAAAGGAG